CGCAGUUGCUCAGACCCGGGCGGGGCGACUACCCGGACCUGAAUGGAAAGCUCACAGCUGCCAGGACCUGGAUGGAGGAGAGAGCAGCUGCCGGGCCCUGGAUGGAGAAACGCGCAGCUGCUAGGACCUGGACGUCAGAGCGCACGGCAGCCAGGACCCCGCCCCGCGCGCGCGCGCGCUCGUGCCCGGCGUUGGCGCAGUCCGGGUCGGAGUCGUCGGCUGAGGCUCGUCGGCCUCGCUCUCCGGCCGAUUCCCGGCCGUUCUGCGCCCUCUCCGCCCGCGCCCUCGUUGGCGCCGCCACCCGCAGCCCUGGCGCUCCCCGCGGGUCCCCCCGAGGCCGUCUGCGCCUUGUGCCAGCGCGCGCCCCGCGAGCCGGUGCGCGCCGACUGCGGCCACCGUUUCUGCCGGGGGUGCGUGGUGCGCUUCUGGGCCGAGGAGGACGGGCCCUUCCCGUGCCCCGAGUGUGCCGAUGACUGCUGGCAGCGCGCCGUGGAGCCCGGCCGCCCUCCGCUCAGCCGCCGCCUCCUGGCGCUCGAGGAGGCGGCCGCGGCGCCGGCGCGCGACGGCCCUGCCAGCGAGGCCGCGCUGCAGUUGCUGUGCCGAGCCGACGGAGAUCCGUUGUGCUCCGCCUGUCGCAUGGCCGCUGGCCCGGAGCCGCCCGAGUGGGAACCGCGCUGGAGGAAGGCGAUGCGUGGCAAGGAGAACAAGGGGUCUGUGGAAAUCAUGAGGAAGGACUUAAAUGACGCCCGGGACCUGCACGGUCAGGCGGAAUCAGCGGCUGCUGUGUGGAAGGGGCAUGUUAUGGACCGAAGAAAGAAAGCCCUGACUGACUACAAGAAGCUCCGGGCUUUCUUUGUGGAGGAGGAGGAACACUUUCUGCAAGAGGCUGAAAAGGAUGAGGGUCCUUCCGAGGAUGACGAGCAGGCCGACCCGGCAGAGCGCUUCCGGUCCCUCCUGCAGGCUGUGUCGGAGCUGGAGAAGAAGCACCGGAACCUGGGUCUUAGCAUGCUUCUGCAGUGAUGAUGCGCAGCAGGCUGGCCCCCUGGAGCGUGAGGCAGAAGGAGCCACCUUCCACUGGCCUGCAGCACCCCUACCUACAUCUGUCAGGCCUCUCUGCCUGGUACCACCCUUCAUCCUGGACAGAUCCCCAUCUCCAUCAACACUGACAGCACCCUGGCCUGGGAUGGAGCGUCAAAGGUGCCCAGCUUUUGGUCAUGCACAUAGUUUUGUUGCUCAGCAGUAUUUUUGAUUUUUGUUGGGGCAUGAAUGUGCUUGGGCCUGAACCUGUUCUUAGUAGAGACCAACUAGUCCUGGGAUUCCUUUCCCAGUGUGUCCCAACCCUGCCAGAGACCACUUGGCAGCUCCAAAGCCCCUGGUUCUUGUUUUGCCAUGGCUCAGCCUAGUGUGGCCAA